AUGGCUGAUAGUAUCGUAUCAAAUGACGCCAAUUCUGGACAGUCUCCAGCAUCAGAUGAGCAGUUGUGUUUGUCUCCGAAAUCGAUUGAAUCCAAUGAUAAACCGAUUCCUAUGGAUACAAAUGGCGAUAAACGGGAAUCUGCCGAGAGGGAACAACCACCAAGUUCGGGCGCUCAACACGAAAUGGCGGAAGUUCAAGAUCUUCCAAUGGAUUCGAAUGGCCAUAAAGAAUCCGCAAGGAGUGAACAACCGGAUGUGAAACACGAUGUGAUGGACAUUGGCCAAGUGUUGACACCUCCAUCCGAAGAAGAAUCUGCAAUGGAAGUUUCUCCAGCCACAGAAGAUUCUUCCAAGGAUAUAGAUUCCAGUGAGAUGACGGACACUUCCGAAGCGGGAGACGUCGAAGACCUUGCUUUGGAUCCAGCGACCGAGAAAGAAGUGGCCAUUGAAGAGCUUAUUGACGAUCUUCGAAAUUACUUCCAGAAAGCCGAGCUAAAGAAGACUACAGCAAGUUCCGAACAAUGCGGCGUGCUUUCAAACAAGAUGCGGUUUUUGAAACAUACGCACCACAAAAAUGAGAAAUGCGAUUGCUUUGAGAUAGUAGACAAAGGUGGACUGCUGAACGCUCAUCGACCAAAAACCCGGAAGGUGGUGAAAUUAACCGAAGAUCGUCGUUAUGCAAUAAAAAUAGACAUGCCAGAGUUUUCUAGAGGAGAUAUUAGUGUAAUGAUUGUAGAUGGCAAGCUUUCAAUUUAUGCCAAGCGAAGUCUCGAUACAGAGUGUGGUAUCGAAUGUCACGAGUUUCACGAGAUUCUUAAAGUGCCCCGGGACGCAGUCGUUUCUAGCGUUGCUGCAGAAUUGUUCGUCGAAGGAUACUUAAUCGUGCAGCUGUAUAGAAGAAAAGUACGCGUCACAAUUCCCCAGCAACCUGGACGCAAGUAUUCGGCAUGUAGUCCUCGGCUUUCUAGAGCUUCCAGAACACAGAGGCACAUGAAAUGGCCUAGUGUUCUCAACUGUGACACUCAAGGUGCCUUCUCUGAUGACGAGUUGCAGUCCAAUUCAAGAACCUCGAGGGACCACGACUUGUACACCCGGCUUGGUCUGUUACUGGGCGAUCGCAUGAGCCUGUCUGGGCAGAAGAUGGAUAGGCGAAACCACAGCAAUCACGAAUCCUACGCCAGCAUUUCAUCCUUAGCAAGCAGCGAAGCUAACACCACAAACACGAGUCCGUUAUCUACACUGACAGAUUCCUCCGAUGCUGAUCCUCUGUCGAGGGUCGGAAGCUUACGAGCUCCAAGUAGAGAGCAAAGCUCCGACAGUGUCGUCUCUUUGAUGAGUACCAGCACUGGACAUAGUUCGUGUAAUAGUCCCAUUGGUACACAGUUUCAGAGGCACAUCCCUGCUAGGACCAGUGAUAGUUUUGUGCAGUUUGCUAAAAGAAAUUUAAGAAGACAGAUGCAUUAUAAAAGUGAUGAAUCUGCCUUAAAUCUCCCAACUUUUGGAAAAAGGAGCAAUACCUCUAAGUUAUUAAAUAAGACAUUGAAGCCUUUAUAUUUCGAAGUGCCUCAAGCAGAGUCGGAUCCUCUAUUUCUUGGAAGACAUUGGCUGUUCAAGGAAAUCGAACAGGAACUGACUUCUGAUGCGAAGGGGAAGAGACUUCUUGUCAUUUCAGGGUGCCCCGGAAGCGGCAAGACAGCAAUUGUGUCUCAGUUGGUUGAAUACAGUUCCUUUAGAGUUAAAAAAGAAGAUGCUAUUUAUCAUGAUAUUCAGUCACUAGACGGUAGUGACUAUAACAUGUCGAAUUCCAGCAGUAGUGACUCCGGGCUGUACCAGUCCAUAUCCACCCUACAUCACAGCGGUGCUCGCUCUCUGGGCAGCCGCUUAGUGGCAUACCACCUUUGUCAGGCCGAUAAUAACAUCACUUGCCUCGUUCCAGAGUUUGUUCACAGCAUCGCCUCUCAUCUGUGUCGUGCACCACAACUUGUUGCUUAUAGAGACAUGGUAGCUAGAGAUCAGAGGUUACAAGAUCUUCUGAGUAUGUCAUCUUGUAUCGCUGAUGCUCACAAAGCAUUUGUUCAUGGAAUCCUGGAACCUUUGAAUUCCUUGAGGAGCAGAAAUAAAAUUCCUAACACGACGUGUCUCAUUGUGGUAGAUGGUUUGAAUGAAGCCGAAUAUCACAGACCCGACUACGGGGACACCAUUGCUUCAUUCCUGGUUCAUCAUUUUGAAGCUUUUCCAUCAUGGCUGAAGGUUCUUGUUACAGUUCGGACAAGCUUUGCAGACAUGGUCAAGAAAGUUCCAGCUCAUUGCAUUUCAUUAGAUAAAGUCUCAUCCAAUGAGAAUAUUCAUAAAGAUUUAUGUAGCUAUAUUUUGCAUAGAAUUAAUUGUAGUCCAGCUAUACGUGCCAAUAUUACUGUAAAUAAUAGUAAAGUGGAAGGCUCUUCAAAUUCUAGGUUUGCAAGUCAUCUCUCGAACCUCAGCAAAGGUUGCAUGUUGUACAUAAGGUUAACAUUAGAUCUCAUAGAAAAAGGGCAUUUGGUUGUGAAAAGCAGCAGUUAUAGGGUUCUCCCAGUUUGUUUAAGUGAAGUGUACACUUUGAGUUAUAAUCUGAAGUUCACAACAAUCAAAUCAUAUGACAGAGUCACUCCCUUGUUACAAAUUUGUCUUGCAUCCCUUUAUCCUCUGACUCUCCAAGAGUUAUUUCACACUUUGAAUGCCAAGUGUGUCUCAGAAGGAGUAUCCUGGGAUGAUUUUAUGUCAAGGAUGGAAGUCUUGAUGGCCUCUAAUUUUGUUGUCACGAGACAAGAUAGCACGGUCAUGUUCGCCCACCCAUCCAUGAGGGAGUGGUUGUUACGGAGAGAUGAAAACGAAAGUUCUAAGUUCCUAUUGGAUGCUAGGUCUGGUCAUGCUGCCAUUGCAUUUCGUAUGAGUCGAGGAGCUCAGCAGCAAACAGCGGACGACUGUUUAGAAUUAGGGCAUCAUAUUUUGAAAGCUCACAUCUACAAGAACACCCCAAAAGAUUUCCUCGCCCCAAGCCUGCCGAGAGAUUUGCAAGCAUAUUGGGUCAAUUUGGGAAGUAAUUGCAUCGAAAUUUCUUUAGGCUCCUUGAGAAAUGUGUACAGCCCAAAUGUUAAAGUCAGUCGUCUACUUUUGCUGUCUGGAGCGAAUCCUAAUCAUUAUAUGCCGAGCUUGGACAAUUUAUCAAUAUUAGCAAUAGCAGCGAAACAUGGCUUUUUGGAAAUGGUUGCCCUCCUGAUUGAGUUUGGUGCAGACGUCAAUGCUCUGUCUAAUAACUGUAUGGGAGCCUUGUCCUUGGCCUGUGAAAAUGGCUUCAUUGAUAUUGUGAGACUAUUGGUUAUGAAAGGUGCAAAGAUAAAUCAGAUAGACAAUGAAGGAAAAUGCCCUGCCAUUCACGCUGCAUCACGAGGUCACUUGGAUAUCGUCAUCUAUUUAUUUCAAUGUGAGUGGUCUUCUGAGCUAGGAAAUGGUCCAUCGUUCAAGGAAGCUGCACAGGCGUCUCUGAUUGCUGCUGCAAACAACAGCCAUUUUCAGGUUUGUGAGUACUUGCUAGACAUGCCACAGGUGGAAGUGAAUUCCAUCGACAAGUUCAGUGGUCAUACGGCACUGACGGCUGCCAGUUAUGCUGGUCAUCUGCAGGCAUGCAACAUCUUGCUGAGGCGUGGUGCCUCUGUGAAUGUCACGGAUCGUCACAAGGAAGCCCCUUUGCUGUUUGCUGCAUCCGAAGGACAUUGGGAGAUUGCAGAAAAACUGCUGACCCAUGGUGCCUCACUAGAACAAAUGGACACUUUGGGGCGAACGCCUUUGAUGCUUGCCGCUAUGGGUGGUCAUCCUGUUCUCGAGUUGCUUUUAUCGAAAGGAGCAUCUGCAGAAUCUUGUGAUAAGGAAGGGUUAACUGCUCUUAGUUGGGCUUGUUUGAAGGGGCAUCAUCAAGCAGCUCAGUGUUUGAUCAACCACGGCUCUGACGUCAAUCAUCCAGAUAAAAGUGGGAGAACACCUCUGGAUUUUGCUGCCUUCAGUGGUGACCCUGAUGUGGUUCAGUUGUUACUGGAUUCUGGAGCAUUGAUGGAACAUGUAGAUGUCACAGGUAUGCGACCUCUGGACAGAGCAAUUCAUUGUAAAAAUGUUGAAGCAGUUGUCAGGUUCCUUCAUAAGGGUGCUAAAUUAGGUUCUCAAACUUGGAUAAUGGCUCAAGACAAUCCAGAAAUUUUGAUACUGCUUCUCACUAAGUUGCUUGAAGAUGCCACCGUUUUAUGCAAGAGGGCGAGAAUGAAAGAUGCUGCCCAUCGAUACAUAUACGCCUUAAAGAAGUUUCCAAUGGAGCACAACUUGGGGCACGAUCAAAGGUUCCAACAAAUUAAGUUUCAGCUAUUUCUUGGUCUGUCUCGGUGCAGGAGAAAAAUGAACGAACCUAAGCUUGCUGUUGAAGCAGCAGACCAAGCAAUUGCUUUGAAGCCCAAAUCAUUCGAAGGCUAUUAUGCCAGAUGUCGAGCUCAAGAAGCACUUGGUUUUCAUGAAGAAGCUUUGUCAGACAUAAUGGAAGCUCUUAGAGUUGCUCCCCAAAACAUGGAACUGAAACGUGUUCUGAUGAGACUGAAAGAGCAGAUAUCAAAUGCAGCUAGUUCUCAGGAAUAUACUUGUGAUAAUAAACCCGAAAGUUAUAUUGGAUUCAGUGGUUUGGAGAUGCCCCAGACGGAAAAUUUUGGAUCCACAGAGACAAUAGACCACCUAUGCAACUUAACUCUAAAUCUUGUUGAAGAUUUGAAUCAACUCAAGGACAGAAUGCAAGACAGUGGUUGUGAAAGCAUACAUUAGGACCUUCAGCAUGAAUUGAACAAUGGUUUGAGCUUCGCUCAUUAUGCAAGCUAUGCUCAAUGCAACUAUAAAAAUGUCCCGAGGACCACUUAUCAAACUCCUAGAAGUCCUGUGUUUGAUUAAUUCCAGUGAUGUGUAUAGUUUUUUUUUAAUGAUCUGUGUUUUUAUUUAUGGGAAUUGUGUUUUGUACAAAGGUAGAAUUUUAAGUAAUAUAAUGCAUUUGUCAUGAUUGUACAUUAGAAGUUAUAAUUUCUUUUUAUAUAAUGAUGUAUGUACAGGGUGGUUACAAUUAAAACUUAACCAUG